CGCGGAGUCAGCCAGCGGAGCGCGUUGGGCUCGCCCGGCCGGCGGGAGGGGAGGAUCGGCUCGGCUCCGCUCGCCGAGGUCGGCGCUGACGGCGGAGGGGACAAUCUGCCGUGCCGCACAGCCAUGCCCGCCCUCCUCCUGCUGCUGCUGCUCCUCAGCUGCCGCGCCGCCGCCGAGGAGGACGGCUCGCUGCUGCGGCCGGGCCCAGGCAGGCAGAGCGCGGCCGCCGCGCCCCCGACGGCCGCGACCCCCGCGCUGCACAACGCGUCCCGCCCGGCCGCGCUGCCUCGGGGCGCGGGGGCCGCGGGAGCGCGGCCGCGCUCCGCCUCGCCCCCCAUGUGCACCGGGCAGACGGAGAUCAAGGAGACUUUCAAGUACAUCAACACGGUCGUGUCCUGCCUGGUCUUCGUCCUGGGCAUCAUCGGCAACUCCACGCUACUGCGGAUCAUCUACAAGAACAAGUGCAUGAGGAAUGGGCCCAACAUUCUCAUCGCCAGCUUGGCCUUGGGCGACCUGCUCCACAUCAUCAUCGACAUCCCCAUCAAUGUCUACAAGCUGCUUGCAGAGGACUGGCCCUUUGGUGUUGAAAUGUGCAAGUUAGUGCCCUUCAUUCAAAAGGCAUCAGUGGGCAUCACAGUGCUGAGUUUGUGUGCCCUCAGCAUAGACAGGUACCGAGCAGUCGCUUCUUGGAGUCGCAUUAAAGGAAUUGGAGUGCCAAAGUGGACUGCUGUGGAAAUUGUCCUGAUCUGGGUCAUAUCAGUGGUACUGGCUGUUCCAGAAGCUAUUGCAUUUGACAUGAUUACAAUGGAGUACAGGGGAAGGUAUCUUAGAAUCUGCUUGCUUCACCCCACGCAGAAAACAUCUUUUAUGAUGUUUUACAAGCAAGCUAAAGACUGGUGGCUGUUCAGCUUUUACUUCUGUUUGCCACUGGCUAUCACAGCAUUUUUCUAUACUCUCAUGACUUGUGAGAUGUUACGAAAGAAAAGUGGGAUGCAGAUUGCUUUAAAUGACCACUUAAAACAGAGACGUGAGGUGGCCAAAACUGUGUUCUGUCUGGUACUUGUUUUUGCCUUGUGUUGGCUCCCACUUCACUUAAGCAGAAUCUUGAAACUCACUAUUUAUGACGAGAAGGACCCCAACAGAUGUGAACUUUUAAGCUUUUUUCUUGUGAUGGACUACAUUGGCAUUAACAUGGCUUCACUGAACUCCUGCAUCAAUCCAAUAGCUCUGUAUCUAGUGAGCAAAAGGUUCCAAAACUGCUUUAAGUCAUGCUUGUGUUGCUGGUGCCAAUCCAAAGAUCUGCUGUCCCUGGAGGAAAGGCAGUCCUGUUUAAAGUUCAAAGCUAAUGAUCACGGAUAUGAUAAUUUCCGCUCCAGUAACAAGUACAGCUCUUCAUAAAGCGAGUGUAAAAGGUAUAUCCUCUUACAUUGAUACUGGUGCCUUUUAAAGUAAAAGUGGCAAUUGCUUUUAAAAAGAUGGUAACAUCCAGAAUAAUCUAGUUUUAUAUUUGCACAUAAAAAGGAACAUUAAAAAAAAUUGCUUUAAAACUGUGUCACGUUGAACAUCACGGACAUUUAUGAAAUCGUCAUUUAUGGAACAUGAAGAAAAGCAUGGAAAGAACAAGUCAUUGUUAGCACUUGAAUACUUCUGAAUCAGCACUUCCAAAUGAUUCCCACUUCCUGUACAUUAAGCAAUCGUUUGUAUUCUCUGUAACAGUUGUAGGAACUGAAGUCACAGUAAUUAUUAAGCAGCAUAAUAUCAAGUUAAUUGGAUCAAAGCCAUUAUUAUAUAUAACUCAAUGUAUUAUCUUUCAUAAAGCAAAUUAACCACUAUCACUAUUGUGAGUUUUUUUUAAUAAAACAUGAAAUACUUUGUAAUAGAAGUCUAAAUGUUAAAAAGUAGAAUUUUUAUCAGGUAUAUUAUCGAGGUAGCUACUGAAAAUAUUAAAGGAUGCAGUAAAGCAUAAAAAGUGCAUUUUACUUUGAUGACUGUUUUUACCUAUUAUUCUCAGAAGGAACCUGCCACGGGCUCUAUAAAUUCAUUUCUGUAGCCACUGUGCCUCUUCAGUGCAUUUGCCAGCACUUUGGGUAUGAGUAUUUGUGUUUACUGAUAGCAAAGGAGAGAAAACCACACCAAAUGCAAAAAAUUAAUACUAGUAGAAACGUACAGACAAUGGCUAUUAUUUCAGCUAUUUUUAGUUGAAAACAAAUGGAUUGUAUCCUGUGUAAAAAGUGGGCAUUCCAGAGCCUGAUGGUUCUUUACUGGAGAUACUUUUGUGACAUUUUACAACUGUUUUUACAAUCCAAAUACUGUCUGGGGGCAAAUUUCUUUGGAAAUAGUGGGCUGAAAAAAAGGUCACUGAGGUAAAAAGAGAGAAUUUGAACUUCUAUCUUCGAGUUUAAAUCUUCAUAAUGACAAUAAUUCAUGGACUGUACUUCUAGAGAACAGUACUAUGUAGCAUACUCAUCUUCAUAUUGUUUUAAAAUAUAUUCUACUUCUGUAGUUACAUAUUUAUGGGUGUAAGAAGAUGUGUGAUUAGUUUCUGCUCCUGUAAAUAGUUCAGUGAAAUGUAAUUAAUUGUAAAGUAUUAAGAUAUGGGCAGGACCC